GCGGAUUCGUGUCGGAUUAUUGUGCCGCGUCGAAAAUUGCCAGCCCUACUCGCAGAUUCUUGUAUCUUGAUUAUGGCUGCUGCUAGUGAUGUAAAAGUUCUGGGGAUGUGGGCCUGCCCAUACGUGAACCGGGUUCAGCUUGCGUUGUGCAUAACGUCGAUUGAGUAUGAGUUCAUCGAAGAAAAUACUUUGCAGAAAAGCGAUAUGCUGCUCAAACACAACCCUGUUCUCAAGAAAAUCCCAGUUCUAAUCCAUGGACACAAGUCUGUUUGUGAGUCAUGCAUCAUUGUGGAGUACAUUGCUGAUGCCUUUGACACAGGCCCGCGCAUCCUCCCUUCUGAUGCCUAUGAUCGCGCCUUAGCCCGUUUCUGGGCAGCCUACAUCGAUGACAAGUGGUAUCCAUUGGUCAAAGUGCUCAGGCAAUCAGACAACGAAGAGGAAAGAAAAUUACUAGUUCAGAAAUUGUCUGAAGGCUUGAUCUUGCUUGAAGAGGCAUUUAUCGGUUGUAGCAAAGGAAUGGCUUAUUUUGGAGGAGAUAGCAUAGGUUAUCUCGACAUCAUUCUUGGAUCCUGCUUGGCGUGGCUGAGAGUGACUGAGAAAGUUGUUGGAGUCGAACUGAUGGAUCCGACAAAGGCUCCUCAACUGGCAAAAUGGGCCGAGAGAUUAUGCUCGGACAACAGGGUUAAGGCCGUCUUUCCAAACUUUGACAGGCUCAUGGAACUUCAUGAGUUGAUUCAAGCUUAUCUUAAAUCCUCUAAGUGAAUAAAUGGCUAUGAAUGCUGUGGUGGUUUAUUAUUUCUGGUUUUUUGAGGUUAUGUAAUGUCAUAUGUUCCCGGAUCAUGAGCCGCUCGGGCUAAUAAUGUAAAAUUGUGGGCACAGAUAUGAUCUAGCUGAAUAUCAAGUAUUAAAGUCCUUAGUUUCAUGAAUC